AGUCUUCUGCAAUGUGGAUGGUAUAAUUGAAACCAACCAGAAGAGUCAUGAGAGACAUUUGUGGCAAGUUACUGCCAACAGCCACAAUAGAGCAACUGAGGAAGCAAAUGGUUUGUCCUGUCUAAAAGAAAUGCAUGGACAAAGAUGGCGCAGAGACUGAGGGAAUGGUCAACCUAUGACUGCUCAACCUGAGACCCAUCCCACAGGUAAGCACCGUUUACUGAAACCACUAAUGCUACUCUGUUAUGCUUGCAGAUGGAGCCUAGCACAACUGUCCUCUGAGAGACUGUACCCAGCAGCUGACUAAAACAGAUGCAGGUUCACAAAGGCAAACAUAGGAAGGAGGUUGGGGAUCUUAUGAAGGAGUUAGUGGAAGGAUUGAAGGCCCUAAAGGGAAGACCAACAGAGUCAACUAAUCUGGACCUUUGGAAGGUCGCAUAGACUGAGCCACCAGCCAAGGAGCACGCACAGGCUGGUCGCAGGCCCUGGUUCAUGGGUAGCAGAUGUGCAGCUUAGUCUCCAUAUGGCUCCCCUAACAAUUGGGAGAGGGAGCUGUCCCUAAAGCUGUAGACUCUCUUUGGAAUCCAGUCCCAACAGGGCUGCCUUGCCUGGCUGCUGUAGGAGAGAAUGCAUCUAACUGGUAGAGACAGGGUUGGGGCAUACCCAGGGAGGGGACUGGGAGGAGGGGCAGUGUUUGGGUUGUAAAUAAAAAAGUCUGUUUUUCAGAUAAUCCAAUUUAAGAAUUGUCUUCAAGGGGAACAAACAAACAAAUUAACAAACUAUAUUUUGUUGUAACUUUUGAAAACAUGAGAGCCAGCCAGAAACAUUUGCCAGAAGGGAAACAAAUGGAAUUCAUGUUCCAGUUCUGGGACACAGGAGCCUGACAUUUCUACUACAGUUCUUAAAUCUUGAAGAAGUCUUGAGAAUGCUCUCUAUGGGCACGUAUCUAGCUUUGUUUAUGGAAGACCUUUUUUUCCCUUUAUUUUAAAAAAUAUACUUUCUUCUCUUUAUAUCCAAAUCACUCCCCCCACUUCUGGUCUCCUCCCUCACACAGUCUCUCUUUCUAUUCCCCGCUCCACUUCUCCUCUGAGAGGUGGAGGCCUUCCCUUGGUUAUCUCCCUGCCCUGGCACAUCAAGUCACUGUAGGGAUCCUCUCCCACUGAAACCAGACAAGGCAGUCCAGUUAGGGCAACAGGAUUCUCAGGCAGGCAACAGAGUCAAGGUCAACCUCUGCUUUAGUUGUUUCAGGCCCCAACAUGAAGACCAAGCUGAACAUCUGCUAGAUAUGUGCGGUGGGAGUGGGAGGGGUUUGGUGGAGCCCAUGCAUGCUCUUUGGUUGGUGGUUCAGUCUCUGGGAGCCCCCAAGGGUCCAGGUUAGUUGACACUGUUGAUCUUGUGGAAUCUAUCCUCUUAAGGUUCCUCUUUCCUUCCUCCAACUUUUCCUUGUUCAUCUCUAUUUAGAGGGCCCAUCCAACCUUACAUCCCCUCCAGUGUUCCUCCCAACUUCUUGUCUUCUUUCCUAAAUUAUUUAUGUUUUCAAAUCCAGUGUCCAAUCAAUGUAGUGCCCAUAUAUGGAUGUGGGGUGACCUACUGGGACAAAAAGAGGAUCCUGCUUUAAGACCAAUCUUAAAUGGGACUUUCUGAACUUCAAUUAUAUAUUAAUCUUUUGUUCCCUCAUCUCCCUAGUUCUGACAACCACAGAGCUGGACUAUUUCAGGCCUGAUAAUCACUCCUGUGGUGCUCUGUACCUAGCUAUAAGAGUGCUCACUUUUGUGAUUCAAGCUCUACCCUCACUUGGGGUAUAUUUGGUGUUAGUCACAGAAAACUUAACUGAUGUCUUUAUCUUAGGGAUAUUCCUCAUUUACUUGCAUAAUAAGACUGGAAUAGACGUAGUGGUUGUCACACAUUUGUGUCCUUCAAAAAGACAAUUAAGAUGGGCAUGAUGGCACACUGCUAUAAUCCCAGCACCAAAGAGACAAAGGCAGGCUGCUUUCUAUGAGUUUGAGGCCACCCAGAUCUACACAGCAGGUGAAUUCCAGGCCAGCCAAGGCCACAUUGUGAGACCUUAUCUCAAAACCAAACCAAACCAACCAACCAGUCAUAUGCUUAGUAUCUUAGUUGGGGUUUCCAUUGCUGUGACCAAGACAACUCUUAUAGGUACAACAUAUAAUUGGGGCUGCCUUACAGUUUCAGAGGUUCAGUCCAUUAUCAAGCAUGGCAGCAUCCAGGCAGGCAUGUUUGGAGGAGCUUAGAGUUCUACAUCUUCAUCCAAAGGAAGGAGCAGAUAGGUUCCCACAUGCCUAGAAGGAGAGUCUCAAAGUUCAAAGUCUCUUUUAAGAUUCAAGCAGUCUCUUAACAGUAAUCACGUAUAAAGUUAAAAAUACUGGGCCAAAGCAAGACAGAAAGCCAGCUAAUCAAACUCCAAAUUCUAUGUCUCCAUGUCUGAUAUCAAAGCAUUCUUCAUAUGUCCAACUGCUUUCAUCCUUGAUGACUGCUGUUGGCAGAUCUAGCAUUCAGAAGCAACAAACUUCAUUCUCUUGGACUGGUUCUACUCUGUAGGCAGCUUUCCUCAGCAGGUACCCCAAGGCUCUGACAUCUCUAACAUCUUGGGGUAUUCGAGGCAACUUCUCAGCUUCUCAUUCCAAUGUCUGAUAUCCACAUAUGAUCUUUUGGGCUCCUCCACAGGGCUUGGGUCCCAUCUCCAGCUCUGCCUUCUGUAGCUCUCUGUGCUCUGCUUGACUCUACCCCACUGCUGCUGCUGGUCUUGGUGGUCCUUCCAUGGUAUUGGCAUCUAUAAUACACUGGAGUCUUUAACUGCAACUAGGCUUCACCAAUAGCCUUUCAUAGGCUCUCUUCAUGGUGCCCAGCCUCAACUUCUUUGCAUGACUCCUUUAGUCCUGGGCUGUCAAUUGCAACUGAGGCUGCACCUUCACCAAUGGCCUUUCCUAACCUCUCACAGUGCCAAGCCUCAGCUGCUCUCCAUGACCCUUCAAGCCUUCAAAACCAGUACCACCUGGGUGACUCUUACACAUUGCCAAGUACAGCUGCAGCAUGAGGUACAACCUUGGCCAUCUCUGGAACACAGCCUCUUUGUGCUCUCAGAAAACACUUCCUAGAAGAUUUCACCUCAGUGAUGCUGGUCUCUUCUUAAUCACUGCUAAUUUCUUAGCUCCAGCUAACCAGCAUCAAUUAUCCCAGUAGUCCCUUCUAUUUCUUUUCUUUUCUUUUCUUUUUUUUUUUGGUUCUUUUUUUCGGAGCUGGGGACCAAACCCAGGGCCUUGCGCUUCCUAGGCAAGCACUCUACCACUGAGCUAAAUCCCCAACCCCACAGUUAAAAGUAAAUUGAGGGAGAUUCGUGCAUUUUUUUUUUCUUUUAGAACAGAAAGUUGAGUGGAUAAAGGAAAGGGGGUAUGGACUUGGGAGAAGUAGCAGUUGAGAUCAAUAUGAGCAGAAGAAGUUGUAAAAAAUUCUCCAAAGAACUAAAAAAGAUUUUUAGUGUUGAUAUUUGCUAGAAUCAGAGAUUAAUGGCGUCACCAUCUGUUAACCUAUCAAAACCAAAGUAUAAGCACAUCGUGCAAUAUGUAGUUACGGUAAAACAUUGUUGUAAAAUUACUAAUCUUUUUUUCUUUAGAAAAGUUCUCACUGCAUAUCCUAAGCAGGCCUUGAACUAAAACUCCUCCUGCUUCAGCAUUCUAAUUCUUUGGAUUUUGGGUAAAGGUGUGAGCUACUACACCCAGCUAAACAGUGAUUCAGGAAAUUCUUUGGAGAUUUGCUUGUGGAGAUUGGCCAAGGUGUUCAAUCUUUCAUCCAUUUAGACAAAUCCCACUUAUAGUAGCUCACCUAUAGGAAGCACUGGUAAAAACAACCAUGGGAAAAAGUGGGCAUGAUCUUUAGAGACUAUAUAAGCACAGUCUCGGGUCCGGCAUAUUCUUUCUUCUCCAGAUCAGACACAGCGUGUUUCCAACCUUCUGGUCCAGACAUUGCUAGAUCUGAGGAUCUGAUCUCAAAGCUGAGUUAGUAUUGCACCCCUACCAAGCACUGCUGGGCAUGAGGAUAAUUACUUGGGUAAUUGCACAAUUUACAAGCGAAAAUUCUUCUGUAGUUCCUAUUUUUAAUUAAAUACAAACAGGUGUUUGCUUAGAAGUUAUAUUUUGCUAUUCAGUUUCCAUUUGGAAUUCUUUCUUGGUAUAUAAUGUGGGUUUAUUUUAAAUUUAUCAUUAUGCACAUUUUAGUUGAUCUGAUGAAUUGUACUGAGAGAUAGUUUCAAGAUACUUUUCAAUUUUGUGUUUUGUUUAAAUUUUAAAACAUUCAAAAGUGUUCUAUUCUUAACAAAUACUCUCAAUGGUUUAAAAAUCUAUCAGGAUUUAAAAAUAUUUAGGAAAGCAUAGAAGUAAAAACUCAAUUUCAGCAAAAGAAUCUUAUUAUUUCUUCUGUUGUAAAUUAUAGGAAGGAAGAUGUCACAGUAUAAAUGGGUACUUGAAUAUACCAAGUUGGUAGAAUUGACUAUUCCUGCCAAUUCUAGUUUGGUUUGUUAGGUUAGGAGUCUACAUGUAAUUAAAGUAGAGAAAACUAAUCACUCUCUUUUAUUCAUACGAGUACAUUCUGGUUAAAAUCUGAUACAAUUUUUCAUUUCUGUGUUUGAUCUGGGUUAUUUUUGUGUACUUGCUUUGUAGUAAAAUGUCUAGGGUACAGAAAAAAAAAUGCCAAAGGAAAACAUGACCAUUAGCUAAAUUAAGGAAGGUGGCAUUAAAAUUCCAAUGUCUUUGCUAAUCUAAUUGUCGAUAGUGAGUAUUGGAUUUUGAAAUACACAAGACCACCAGCUAAAGGCAUUUGACUCCAUUUGGGUCAAACUGCAGAAGCUUAAUUAUUUUGACAAAAUUUGCUUAAAUCAAACCAAGAUUAUUUCUUUGUGUAAAGUUAAAAGAGAUGGGCAAUGGGCACCUGUUGGUUAGAUGGCCAAGUCUCACAUAGACAUGCAUGAGAGCUUCAUUUAUGCCUCAAGAUUUCCUCCCACAAACUCAAGGCAGGAAUUGUGUUUUGGGGAGGCAAACAAGUGUCUGCAAAGAAUUCCUCUAGUAUUCAACUUGAGGGGAGGUAGAAUUGAUGUAGUAACAACUGAUAAUCUGUGAAAAGCUAUCGGGUUACAUUCACUUCAGUUGGGAAUAUCCACACUAAAUGUUGGAGAGAUCGUUCCACCAGCCCCAUGGGUUGAGGGUUCCAACUGAAGAAAAAGGGGAAGAGAAGAAGAUGAGCAGCGAGCUCUCCUUGCUUUCUGCUUCCUGGUUUUGGAAGUCAUGAGAUCCGCUGCCUUGAGCUCCUGCCACCAUUUCUUCCCCACCAUGAUAUCCUUGAAAUAGAAGACAGAAUAAAUUCUGAUUCUUUGAGGUAUUUUGUAGCAGAAAGAAGUGAAUGAUAUUGCCUAUGAAGAUUCAAGGGGUGGGACAGUGGAAUAAUAAUCUGAAUAGUAAGAAACUAAAAGUCAGAUACCAAACAAAAAUAUUUAGUAGAGAAAAGUGUGAAGUAGGGUGUAUUUUCUUGGAUAGAAAACAAAUGAAGGAGCUGUUUUACUAACAUGUCUGCAGUGAAAGGCCAGUGGAGAAGAAGGAUCUCUCUCUCUCUCUCUCUCUCUCUCUCUCUCUCUCUCUCUCUCUCUCUCUUCUCUCUCUCUGUAUGUGUGAUUUUCUUCUAUAACAUUGAAGAAUGUCUUUGGCCUUAAAAAACAUACCAAUUUGGGGCUGACGUCUCCAGGAGGAAUGCAGAUGUAGGAUCUAUUGCUGCAUCACAUCAGGCAAUCUGUCUGUCCGUUCUUGGUCAUAGAAAAAAAGAGAAAAGCCUGUAUUGCCAUAAUCAGAACUUAAAUCACAAGUUUAACCAAUUUUUGUCCAGCCUCUUGCUCCUUUCUGGUCCAAUAAUAAUAAUAAUUCUUUUUUCCCCCUCAGAAAAAUGGAGUCAGAUAAUUUACAAGCCUCCCAGGAAAUACUUACCUGCUUCAUCUGCCUGGGCAUCUUUACGGACCUAGUCCUGACAAGGUGUGGCCACCCCUUCUGCAGGGCCUGUCUCCUCCUUUUUUCAGCAGACACCCAAAUCCCUAUCCACUGCCCGCUGUGUAGGCAUCCAUCCAAACCGAAUUUCAGAACUGCUAUUCCUGGGAAGAAGCUGAUAUCUAUUGUCAGGAAAGAAAGGAUCAAGAAGUAUUUGAGUUCUGAGGAGCACAAGUGCAUGACCCACAAAGAGAGAAAGACGAUCUUCUGUGAUGAGAACAGGGUUCUUCUCUGUCAGUUGUGUUCUAAAUCCCAGGAGCACAGAGGUCACAGACACUGCCACAUUGAAGAAGCUGUUUUGAAGCAAAUGGAGAAACUUCUAAAGCAAAUGGAAUCUUUAUUGAAGAAGAUCCAAGAACUUCAGGAGAAUCUAGAGGCAGAGAAGACAAUGACUGAUCAGUGGAUGGACUACGUGACCCUACGGGAGGAGAUGAUCAGGACAGAGUAUAGGAAACUAUAUCCAUCCCUUGAUGAAGAAGAGGCGCAACAUAUAGAGUGUAUGAAAAAUCAAGGCAACACUAAUUUAGAGGAGCUCAGGAAAAGUGAAGCCAUGAUGGUCCACAAGAGGAGUCAACUAAUGAAAGUGUAUCAGGAGCUUAUGACAAUGUCCCAGAAGCCAUAUGAGGUGCUGCAGCAGGGUUUGGAUGACCUGUUUAGAAGAUGUGAGUUAGUGCAGCUGGGCAUGCCGCAGGUUAUGAAACCAGAACUCAGUGCCCAUCCCAAUGCUGGGUUGACUGCAAGGUUCAGUUUCUUCAAAGUGAAAAUUUUCUUUCAAAAUUUAAUCAUACUCAAUUGCAAGAUGAGCCAAUUUUUUGAUAUCAGAAGGUUCACUAGUAGACCUUGCCAUCAAAACACAUCCCUGGAUUCAGCUGGGUCCUAUCGUGCUUCCUGGGGAGCAAUGGACUUCACCACUGGGAAACAUUACUGGGAGCUGGAUUUGAAGGACUGUGAGCACUGGGCUGUAGGGGUCUGCAGCAAUGUCUGGUUAUCGAGGAGCCACAAAAAGAUUGGAUCUAGCGGUGCAUUUCUUCUUGUGUGCGUCAAGGAGGGUAAUCACUACAGUCUCUUCACUACGUGUCCAGUAUCUCACCACUACAUAGAGAAGCCAACAGGCCGGGUUGGCGUGUUCCUUGACUGUGAGGGUGGAUGCAUGAGUUUCCUGGAUGUAGCCAAGAGUUCCCUCAUACACAGCUACCAUCCAGAAGCUUUCAGUCUCAGAGUCAGGCCUUUUUUCUCCACUGUCUACACACGAUCAUAGGACGCUGUAACCUAGUAUGUUAGUGCUUCCCCAGUAUUUCUAUGGUAAUGUGUCCUCUUUUGUGAUUAAAUAUUAAAAUGAUAUUAAAUGUAAAA